AUGUCUCUCAAUCGAGUUUCCUUCCUAGAAGGAUGGGAGCGUAACUCUACUUUCCGCCGGGACGAAUCAGACUAUGAAUCCGAUGGCUAUCAAGAUCUACCAGAAAGUCCAUCCUUGUCUUCCUCGUUCCCGUCAACGUAUAGCAGACUCAAUUUCAAUCCUUACGCGGGACCCGGUUGGAAUGAGACUGUCGACGAUCGCGAUGAUCGUCCAUCACUGCUCGGAUCCCUGGGUCUGAGUCCCACGACGCGGGAGACUCCGCGCGUGGACCCGCUUCGGCCGGCAAGUCCUGCGGUGGCAGUGACACAGCCGGUCGGAUGGUCCGAGACAACCGGCGCGUUUGAAGUCAGUGUCGCGAAACGGAUCGUCCAGGUAUGCAUAGCUGUGGUGUACUGCUUUCUCGCUGCGGGUAUUGCAUUCGGCUUCGCGGCCUUAAAGCCGGUUCUCAUUCGUGAGAAAGUGUAUCGCGAUUUCUGCUCAAGACAGGAGCUGGAGGAUAAUGUGGACGUGUGCGAUGGACAGGAGAUUCGGAUGAACUUGAUGUUCACCAUUGCCGCCGUCGCGACCAACGUCUCCGCCCUACCUGUCGGAACCAUCUUGGAUGCAUACGGUCCCCGCGUGAGUGGUAUUAUAGGCAGUUUCUUCCUAGCGACCGGAGCUAUUAUUUUUGCGUGCGCGGAACAACUGCCAUUCGAUGGAUAUAUCCCAGGCUACCUGCUUCUCUCCCUGGGAGGACCAUUCGUGUUCAUUGCAUCAUUCCAGCUCUCGAAUGCCUUUCCCAAACGCUCCGGUCUCAUCUUGUCCAUGUUAACCGGGGCCUUUGAUGCAUCCAGUGCACUAUUCUUAUUCUUCCGGCUACUGAGUGAGCACACCGCGGGCUAUGUCUCAGUCAAAAAAUUCUUCUUGGCCUACCUCAUCGUCCCGGUAUUCAUCAUCGCGGUUCAACUCACUGUUAUGCCUGCCACCUCUUACAAAACCACCGGCGAGCUAGUCCUCCACGCCGAGGUCCAAGUUAUGGAAGAGAUCAACGACCGGGUAGAUGAUACAAUCCACGAUCGCAAUGAAAGCGAGCGCCAACGCAAGGACAGACGCAACCGCCGACAAAGUAUUGUGCACAACAUCCAAGAUUUACUGGAUGAUACCGCUUCAAUCACGUCCGGUAUUGUCGAUACCGUUUUCCACGGCCCUCCCCAGGAACUACCUGCCAACGGCAAUGGUAUCGAUCUCGCGCCAAAAGCUAUAAACACACCCCCAGUAAACACGAGCGGCGUCUGGGGCGUCCUCCACGGCCAGACAGCCUUAACUCAACUCCGCACACCAUGGUUCGUCCUAAUAACGGCAUUCACAAUCCUAAUGAUGCUGCGCAUAAACUACUUCGUCGCAUCCCUCCGCACGCAAUACAGCUACCUCCUCAACCCACCCCUCUCCCGAAAAAUAAACACAUUUUUCGACAUCCUCCUCCCAGUUGGCGGCCUGCUCUCUAUCCCAUUCAUCGGUACAUUCCUCGAUAAUCUUCGCACCCGAACCGUCCUCUCCAUUCUCGUGAGCACGGCGACGGUAAUUGGGAUCCUAGGCUGUAUCCGCCAUUCCAUACCUGCCGCCGCAGGAAAUAUUAUUCUUUUCGUGCUCUAUCGACCAUUCUAUUAUACCGCUGUAUCGGAUUACGCGGCUAAGGUCUUUGGCUUUCAGACGUUUGGGAAGGUUUAUGGGCUUAUUAUUUGUCUUGCCGGAAUGGGGAAUUUUGCGCAGGCGGGUUUGGAUGAGUUGACGCUUAGGCAUUUUAAAGGUGAUCCGGUGCCAGUUAAUGUUGCCUUAACUGUUAGUGUAGCUGUUGUUGGGGCUGGGUUGGUGGGUUUUGUUAGUUGGCAGACGACUGUACUGGCGAGAAAGGGACCGAUGGAAGUGGAUUCAACUGUUAGGGAGAGACAGCCUCUUUUGGAUGGGGAAGUGCGAACUUAUGUGUGA